AUGAGGAACUCUCGGUCUUCACACUUCUCCACACUCCUUUUCCCCAUUGUGCUUUCUCUACUUUCUCUCCUACUCUGUCCUGCAUCUGCCAACCCAGUGUCUGACUUUAAUUACGGAGCGCACUCGCGUUUCAUGUGCACCCCUAUUCCUAUAGAUGCGGACCCUGCCUGCUUUCCCACAGCAGGCCCAGGCGUAGGGGCAGCAGGGCCCAGCGGAGCAGGGCAUCAAAGUGUACCUCCUGCUGGCUGGUGGGGGGCAAGCGAAGAGGCCAAAGCCACCAUCCUCCACCUCAGGGAGAGCCUUGUCCAACAGAAAGAGACCAUCCUGGACCAAAGGGAGACCAUUAGAGAGCUGACCGCCAAGCUCACCCUGUGUGAGGGCUUUAGCCGGGGUGCGAGGCCUCAUGACGACCACCACGGCACAUCAUCACCCUCACACCACACAGGAGGAGUGGGCAGUCAUCACACGUACACUGACAAUGGGCACUAUAGCAACCAGCAGGGUCACCAUGGAAACAGCAACCUCAUACCGGACUCACCGCACUACCCCUCUGUGGGGGGGCAACGAUCUGAUGGAGGGCAUAGCAGCAACAACCAGGGAAAGGAUAAACAUGUGACACCGGGGGACAUAACAUCAUCACCAGAGCAGAUGGAGAGGAUGCUGCACGCGCUGAAGGAGCGGCUGGACAAUCUGCAGCAGAAGAGGAACACAUCUAUUACCUACUCAAGCUCUCUGAAGGAGCUGCUGCAGAGGAAGAUCAACGCUCUGGAGGAGCAGCUGCACCAUCACACUGGUGCCCUAAGCGGCCCAGAGCACCACGAUGACGCCAGCGGCCACCAAGACGAGGGGGACCAUCACGAUGACGACCACCACGAUGACGGGCACCCAAAUGGCCACCAAGAUGACCACAACGAUGGGGAUCACAGUGACAGCGGAAACCAUACUGACCACCACGAGGACAGCCACAACGAUGACCAUCAUGAUGGAGAUGAAGAUGGUGACCAUGACGACAACGAUGACAGCCACUAUGAUGAUGAGCACAACAGUAAUGAAGCAGACAGUCACAGUUACCAUCCACACACAGGAUACAUAGCUCCAGGCUCGAGGGGAGGUUUACACUCAAAUAAACUGACAACGAUACUCAACCAGCUUCACCUGGCAGGUUCCAACAGGAAGAAAUCCAAAAGUCCAGAUACCUUCCAGAUUAGUUUCCCCAUGAGAACCAACUACAUGUACGGACGGGUGAAGAGGACUCUGCUUCAGGAGAUCUUUGCUCUGACUUUGUGUCUGUGGAUCAAAGCGGGUGUGGGGCCCGGCCUGGGGACGCCCUUCUCUUACUCAGCACCUGGACAGUCCAACGAGCUAGUGCUCAUUGAGUGGGGGAACAACCCCAUGGAGCUGCUGAUCGAUGAUAAGGCGGUGACACUACCUUUGUCUCUGACUGAUGGGAAGUGGCAUCAUGUGUGCGUUACCUGGUCAACACGGGACGGACACUGGGAGGCCUACCAGGACGGGGUGCAGAGAGGCUCUGGGAUCAAUCUCUCCCCUUGGCAUCCCAUAAAACCCGGAGGGGUCUUCGUCCUGGGACAGGAACAGGACACUCUGGGAGGUCGGUUCGAUGCCACGCAGUCAUUUGUGGGAGAGAUGUCAGACGUGCAUAUGUGGUCUAACGUCCUGAGUGCCAGUGACAUCUACAGCCUGGCCUCCUGCGGCAGCCACCUCAGAGGUGACAUCAUCGCUUGGUCCGAGACAGAGGUGGAGCUUCACGGAGGCGUCGCCAGAUACCCAUUCGACCCCUGUCACUGA